AUGCCCCUGAUGGAGGCCAAGGAACAGGAGGAAGAUGCCAAUUCCCUCUCAAAGGACGGAUCAGAGACUAACUCACGCGACUGCCUCCGCUAUGUGCCCCUUGGGAUAGCCUUGCUUUUGUUGGCUGGAGCUGCUGCUGCAACCUGGUAUUUCCUAGACUACAGACCAUGGCACCUGGAACCAGCCGUUCUGCAGUUUUAUUCUGGCAGCCUCCAAGUCCUCAAUCGCCAAUAUUCCCCGGACCUUGGGCAGGUGGAGUCCAGAGCCUUCUGGUUGGAGUCAGCUAAGCUCCAGAAGAUGCUGAAGGAACUGAUUCAUGCCACAGAGCUGGGUCGAUACUACAACUCAAGCACAGUGUAUGCCUUCGGGGAGGGGGCUCUGACCUUCUUCUUCUGGUUUGCCCUCCAAAUCCCUGAGAGCCAACAGAAGGACAUGACUGCUGAGAGGGUAAACACAAUGCUCCACCAAGAGCUCUCCACCAGCUUCAACAGGUCGGGCAGCCUGUCCUACCAAACGGAGUAUAGGGUGAACCCAGACUCGCUGGUUCUGCUGGAGUCCAGUGUGAAAGACAUAGUAGUGCUGAAAUCCACUCUGGGUUGCUACAGGUACAGCUAUGUCCUGGAGGAUGACGUCCUAAGGCUGGAGGGUCCUGACUACCUGGCCUCCAGUUGUCUUUGGCACCUCCACAGCCUCAAGGGUUACAUGAUCAAGCUACGCCUGGAGUGGACUCUCACAGACUGCAGGGACCGCCUGGCUAUGUAUGACGCAGCUGGGCCCCUGGAGAAACACCUCAUCACCUCGAUCUAUGGUUGCAGCCGGCAGGAGCCUGUUGUGGAAGUCCUUUCAUCUGGUCCCGUCAUGUCCAUCGUGUGGAAGAAAGCCAUGUACAGCUACUAUGACCCCUUCAUCCUCUCAGGGCAAGCGGUGCCCCUCAAAGCCUGUGAAAUGAAUAUAACUCUGCUGGAACGCCCGGAGCUGCAAGGGAAGAUUGGCACCCCACACUACCCCAGUUACUACUCACCCAACACGCAGUGCACCUGGCACAUGACGGUCCCGUCCCUUGACUAUGGAGUCACCCUGUGGUUCGACGCCUACGCACUCAGCAGACAGAAGCAAGACCUGCCCUGUACCCAAGGCCAGUGGAUAAUCCAGAACAGGAGGUUGUGUGGCCUGCGGACCCUGCAAGCCUAUGCUGAGCGGAUCCCAGUCACAUCCUCAGCUGACAUCACCAUCACCUUCACCUCACAGAUCUCCUUAACCGGCCCCGGUGUACAAGCAGCUUAUAGCCUGUACAACCUAUCUGAUCCCUGCCCAGGGGAGUUCCUGUGUCUGGUGAAUGGCCUCUGCGUCCCAGCCUGUGACGGGAUCAAAGACUGCCCCAAUGGGCUGGAUGAGAGAAAUUGUGUGUGCCCUGCAAAGUUCCAGUGCCACGAGGACAGCACUUGCAUUGAGUUCAGCAAGGUCUGCAACCAGCAGCUGGACUGUGCCAACGGGAGCGAUGAGGAGCAGUGCAGUGAAGGGGUCCCCUGUGGUCCUUUCACCUAUCGCUGUGAAGAUGGGACCUGCAUGAAGAAACCCAACCCUCUAUGUGACACCACUGCAGACUGCAAGGACCUGUCUGACGAGAAGCACUGUGACUGUGGGCUGCAAGCCCCUCUCAGCCGAAUUGUGGGUGGUGCUAAUUCUGUGGAAGGGGAAUGGCCAUGGCAGGCCAGCCUGCAAGUUCGGGGACGUCACAUUUGCGGGGGGACACUCAUUGCUGACCGCUGGGUGGUCUCAGCUGCACACUGCUUCCAGGAUGAAAGAUUGGCCUCCGCCUCCAUCUGGACCGUUUACUUGGGCAAAUAUUUGCAGAAUGCCACCAGCCACACAGAGGUAUCCUUCAAGGUGAUCCACCUCUUCCUCCACCCUUAUUAUGAGGAGGACAGCCAUGAUUAUGAUGUGGCCUUGCUCCAGCUGGACCAUCCUGUGAUCAUCUCGCCUGUAAUCCAGCCCAUCUGCUUGCCUGCCCCUUCUCACUUCUUUGAGCCUGGCCUUCAUUGCUGGAUCACUGGCUGGGGAGCCCUCAAGGAAGGCGGGCACAUCAGCAAUGUUCUGCAGAAGGUGGAUGUGCAGCUCAUCCAGCAGGACAUCUGCAGCGAGGCCUACCACUACAAGAUUUCUCCCAGGAUGCUGUGUGCUGGGUACCAGAAGGGCAAGAAAGAUGCCUGCCAGGGUGAUUCUGGAGGUCCACUGGCCUGCAAGGAGCCCAGUGGCAGGUGGUUUCUGGCUGGUUUGGUCAGCUGGGGAAUGGGAUGUGCACGUCCAAAUCACUAUGGAGUAUACACCAGGAUCACUCAAAUGCUGAGCUGGAUGAACCAAACCAUGAGCUGA